AUGGGCAACUGCCUGAACAAGGCGUCUACGCAGCAGCGGCGGCGCGGCCACGGCGAGAGGGUGGCGCCGGAGGUGAGGGAGGAGGAGGAGGAGCUCAGGAGCAUCGGCCAGGUGCUGCUGCAGGAGGAAGAGGAGGAGGAGGAGGUACCGGCGUCCGCGUCGCCGGCGGCCGGGAUGAAGGUGAAGGUGGUCCUGACGAGGGCGGAGCUGGAGUGGCUCAUGGCGCAGCUCAAGAGCGGCGAGCAGCGCCUCGAGGACGUCCUCCGCCAGAUGGGCAACGCCCGCGCCGACGACGACAAGCCGCCGCGCGCCGACGCCUGGCGCCCGCGCCUCGAGUGCAUCCUCGAGUGCCCCGAGCCUGCCGACGCCACCUAG